GUACACUGAUGAUAACAUAAUAACAGUUGCAGUAUCUUGUUGUAUUUUGAAGAUUUAAAACACAAACGAAACUUCUUUUCUCGGCGCAUUGAUACAUGUACUUUGCUAGUUCUGUCAACAACAACAGCAGCGACAACAAUUACGAUGUCUGGUCUCAUUGGAAUGGAUGUGUUUUCCAGCAGAAGACGUGUGCUGCAGCUCGCAGGCCAACGAGGGAGAGAGGGCUUGUUCCUGGAAGAGCCGUGCCUGCAGAGUCACUCACAUUCCUGGCUGGGAUUCAAUGACUGAGCCAGACACACAAACACAGAGGGGAGGGGUGCCUGUGUGUGUGACAGAGAAGGAGAGAGAGCGAGAGCGAGAGAGAGGGAGAGGGAGAGGGAGAGAGAGAGAGAGAGAGAGAGAGAGAGAGAGAGAGCUUGUCUCCAUACAGUCACAGUGAACUGCGGGGGCCGACAGAGCGGACUGCGGUGGUCCUAGAGAGCGGAAAAGCGCCUCUAACCACGAUUUAAGUCAGUCUAAUAUUGACUGUAUUUUCGUUCCACGUACUUUCCUCUGGGAUCUAAACGCAAGGAACUUUUUGUGUGUCUUUGUGAAGUUUGGAGCGCCAUUUUACCCCCCGUCCCGGUCCCCGUCAUGGACAGUUCGCCAGGCGCUUCGGGGAGCUACUGGCCGACAUUCAUUCACUAGUCAGUGGGAAUACCGCAGUAAACUCAACCGCUGGGACUUUUAACUAUAUGUUUGAUGAAGUGCUUCGAAGUUUUGUUAAAUUCUCGGGAGCGGUGGAUUUAUUUGUUCCAAGCGCUAGACACUCGCGGUUCCCGGUUGAAGACAAGAGGGGUGUUCGCUGGUAAAGUUGAGGGGAAAACAUGGAGACUGUAAGUCGGCAGAGCUUCCAGCCUCAUCCGGGACUGCAACAAACUCUUAAGCAGUUUCACCUCAGCUCUAUGAGCUCUCUCGGUGGACCGGCAGCCUUCUCCGCCCGCUGGCAACAUGAGCUUCUCUUCAAGAAGGACGGGAAGGAGCCCGAGCCGGUCCUGCAGCAUCUGCCGCCGCCAGUGAUGCCCGGGCCGCUCUUCAUCCCAUCGGACCGCUCCACGGAGAGGUGCGAGACGGUCCUGGAGGGCGAGACCAUCUCUUGCUUCGUAGUCGGCGGGGAGAAGCGACUGUGUCUCCCCCAGAUCCUCAACACGGUGCUGCGGGACUUCAGCCUGCAGCAGAUCAACUCCGUGUGCGACGACCUGCACAUCUACUGCUCCAGGUGCACCGCCGACCAACUGGAGAUCCUCAAAGUCAUGGGGAUACUGCCCUUCUCGGCUCCUUCCUGCGGCCUCAUCACUAAGACGGACGCGGAGCGGCUGUGCAACGCUCUCAUCUACGGAGGAGCCUACCCGCCUCACUGCAAGAAGGAGGCGAGCGGAGGAGCGCUGGAGCUGGAGCUCACAGAGAGGAGCUUCAAGAUCUACCACGAGUGCUUCGGCAAGUGUAAGGGCCUGUUCGUACCAGAGUUGUACACCAGCCCCAACGCAGCGUGCAUCCAGUGCAUGGACUGCAGACUCAUGUACCCCACGCAUAAGUUCGUGGUCCACAGCCACAAGGCGCAGGAGAACAGGACUUGCCAUUGGGGCUUCGACUCGGCCAACUGGAGGGCCUACAUCCUCCUCGGCCAGGAUUACACGGGCAAGGAGGAAAAGAGGCGUCUGGAGCAGCUUCUGGACGAAGUCAAGGAGAAGUUUGAUUUCGCUAACAAGUACAAGAGGAAAGCAUCGUCCAGGGUUUCAGAUCCUCUUCCAAUCAAAAAGCCCAAACAUGAAGACGUCCCAUUACAAUCGCCGCUGGCUGACAAGGAGAAGCAACAUGACUGGCUACAGUCGCUUUCCAACUCCAAUAAGGGGCUCAAUUGCAUUCAGCCGAGACAGAGGCCAUCAGCUUUUAGACCGUGGUCCCCACACAUCUCUGCUGGUGACAAGGAGCCGUCCAGUCACCCCCUGGCUCUGCUAAGAGACAACUUCUACAACUACAAGAGCCUGGAGAAUGCCGUGGCCCCUAAUGUCGCCCUCACACCACUACCCCUGGGAAAGGUGCAUCCGAUGUCCCCGUCGGUCCCCAGCACAUCACACCCGAGCACGGGAGAGCCCCCAGGAGAGGGCGCCAAUGCCAGUUUGAGACCUCGCAAGAGAAGAGCCACAGGGGAUCUCCAAACUUCAGCAGCUGAAGACGCUUGCCCUUUGACCUCCACUGGCAGCAAGCACCCACCACCUCAAGAUGACAAAGACUCUGAGGUGGAGAUUGAAGUCGAGAGCCGUGAUGAGUUCACUUCGUCUUUAUCCUCGCUGUCGUCACCAUCGUUCACCUCCUCCAGCUCAGCCAAGGACCUGAGUUCACCAGGUGCCCUCGGGCCUACCUGCGCUGGUGUCCCUACUGAGGCCACCACCCCUGCAGCUGCUCCCAUCUCAGCCCCUGUGACCCCUCCAGAACUGGGGCUGGAGUCAGAGCUGGAGAGCUUGAGGCAAGCGCUGGACAACGGACUGGAUUCCAAAGAGUCCAAGGAGAAGUUCCUGCAUGAGAUUGUAAAGAUGAGGGUGAAGCAGGAAGAGAAGUUGGGAUCUGCUCUGCAGGCCAAGCGCAGCCUCCAGCAGGAGCUGGAGUUCUUGCGGGUUGCAAAGAAAGAGAAGCUGCGGGAAGCAACCGAGGCCAAGCGCAAUUUGAGGAAGGAAAUCGAGCGUCUGCGAGCCGAGAGUGAGAAGAAGAUGAAGGAAGCCAACGAAUCGCGGAUUCGUCUGAAGCGAGAGCUCGAGCAAGCCCGGCAGUUAAGGGUCUGCGACAAGGGCUGUGAGGCCGGACGACUGCGUGCAAAAUAUUCGGCACAGAUCGAAGACCUCCAAUUGAAGCUCCAGCAUGCCGAAGCCGACCGGGAGCAGCUCCGAGCCGAUUUACUGCAGGAGCGGGAGGCCAGGGAGCACUUGGAGAGGGUGGUAAAGGAGCUACAGCAACAACUUUGGCCCAAAUCCGCCAGCGACAAAGACUCGACAACCAAGGACAAGGACGUGCAGUCAAAAAAGUAACCCCCAGUAGCUAACUCCCCGACACCCACCCCCCCAUCCAUUUUCAUCCUUACCCUCGAUUAUGACAUGUAAAACUCUUAACCUGAGAUGGAGGAAAGUGACAACAAGGACGAGGAAGCACGUCAUCGACUCAGACUCGCACCUGCACGUUUGCAGAAGUGAAAAGCGGAUGACAAGAGGGAAAAGCUAAUUGCACCCAAUGUGGUUGUGCCUGUGUUCCGAUCAGAAAAAGGAUGCCGGACCUUUAGACAGUCUGAGAUAAUAAAUGCUAAAAGACGAUCAUAUUGUAUUACAGUCAGUGAGGGAGGUGUUUCCUACAAAAUCCUCCGUCUUUGUCCCUCCAUUUUUGAAGAACAUCAUAAGCUACACGGACUACAUAGCGAUAUGUAACGAAACAUACAUGCAAAUACAUCUGAAGAUGAACAAUAUAAACUAUCCACAUGUGCCGCCAUGGGUUUUUUUUUUUUGUUCUUGUUUUUGAUUGUUUUCUUCAAACAACGCUCACAAACUCAUCAUGUAAACUGAUGGAAUUUGAUUUUUAUUUUUUUUUUUGACGGAGUUCUGGCAAACGUUUCGGUGACAACACCUUCCGGGAGUGAGCACUUGAUUUUGAAUGAUCCAUCUGGUGUUGCUCACACUAAGUCCUAUGAACACGGGGUGGGGUCACGGGGGGCCGUAUUUUGGGUCAAAACCCAGAGGUGUUUAAUCUUGUAAAGAUUUCAUAUUCCGCAUAUGAGCGUGGCCUUGUUUGAUGAAAGCUGACAUUUAUUUUUCUCCGGUUAAUCAUCAAACUUUUCGACUGUUUGAGGCACCCUUGGCAAGUAUCAAAUGUUCAUGUUAAUUAAAUUAAGGUAUGUAAAUAUGAUUUUGUUUUUUGGGAUUUUUUUUUUUUUUUGGACUUAACAAUAAUGAAUCGCACUUUGUCCUAACAAAAUACUGUUUUUAUGAUAUUGUACUCCCACUAUCUUACUUUGAAAACAUCAUCUUAUACAUGAAUGCUACCGUAUAAAUCCAGUUAACAUUUUGUUGCUUUCUCUAUGAAAUAUUGUUAUGUUUACGUAAGGCAAAGUAUUGUAAAUAAACCGAAAGUAAAACAAGGCUCUACCUGUUCCUGGCUGAUGUAGUAUGGGAUUGUUGGAGUGCAAAAAAACUUAACAAAAAAAAAAAAACAGAUAGGAAUCAAAUGAGUUCACCAAAACAUGCAAACAGAUGACAAAUCAAGAAGGAAAGUUGAAUGAACGAGUCAAGGAAUGUUUUGUGGCCUUCAGAGUCGAAGCCCACCUUUGUGGGUCGUGUUGGUGAAACAGCGCUUUUACCAUCAAUCAUCUAAACCAGGACAGUGUUUUUGGUGGUGUUGUUUUUUUUUCCAUUCAUUUGUCACCGGUCUGUAUGUCAGUGGGGUGAUUUCUCAACUUAAAAAAAAAGAAAAAAAAAAACAAAAAAAGCAAAGAGCCUGCACAAACAAUCAAUUUUUAUAAAUUGGAUUUUAUUUAAAAACAAAUGGCAGUGGGUACAAUGCAAUCAGAAUGUACAUGAUGUUAAUGCUAUUUUUCCUUUUGAUUGUUAAUGUUUUAACCGUGGAGAUAUUUUAUUGCUUGUCUGUUAUGUUCACUCUUUUAUUUUUUAUUUUUUAUUUUUUGGAUAGAAAAUUAAUUUCAUGCAUGAAAUUUGAGAAAAAGUUUGCCAUUCAUAUUGUCAGUUUUUUUUUUUAUAUACUGUACAUAUAAGGGGUUUAUUGUGUUAUGCAAUUUGUCUUAUCAAGGAGGAAAAGGUCAUUAAAAGCAACAAACUGUAUACACACAAAAAAUAUUUACAGUACAUUUAUUCAAUACAAUGCUGGACAACCCCAAGUGCCUGACACGGGCAAAAAAAAAAAAAAAAGGUUUCCAGAAAAGGAAGUUGAAGCAGUUUGGGGCAGGGGUCAAAUACUUUAUUAAAUAAAUGCAUCCAUGAAUAAAACCCCUCCAUUUCUCACCAGUUCUUUUUUAUAAUCUGCAAUCCCAGUCCCAAUUCCCAGUUUCAUUUUUCAAUGCAGAGAAUAACUGCGUCCAAUAAUUGUGCUUUUUAUUCAUUUUAAAUCAGUCUGCAUGUACAAGAUGUUUUCUAGAAGAUCUUUAAAAAAAAAAACUACUUGCUUGGGUUUUUACAUAAAGACUUUGUGGACUUUUGGUCGCAAGGCAUGCAUGUGGAGGAUAAAAAAAAAAAGAUUAUUACUGAUAGGUUGCAUCUAAUUCAACAUGACUGACAUCUGCCAUUUUGGCAAUCCUAUAAAUUGGUACAUUUUUACACUUCUUUUUACACUCUAAAAAGUUGCUAGCCUGUGUGUAAUUUUCUUUACGCAUGGUUUUCUACAAAUGAAGAGCGAUGAUAAUGACAUCGGCUCCUGGUUUUCCUGGUAAAAAAAACAAAACAAAAAAAAGCAAAUGUGUUGUUUUUCUAAAGGAUUUUUUUGCUACACCAGCAAUAACAGUCCAUAGUUAAUAAACAAAUACAUGCCAGUGUGACAAUUUAAAUAGAAAUUUCAAAACUGUAUAUAUUUUUUUCCAUUGACAAUAUUGUAUAAUAUAUGUACAUGGUGUUUCCUUUUUGCAAAAUGAAACCUUUUCUUACAAUAGUUGUAUGGUUUCAUUGUUUAUUUUGUAUUUGCAUUUUGUUUGAAAAACAGUUCAUGCAGUGUAUAAGAGAGUAUUUCCCACAUAAAAAAGUUCAUUAUUCUUUUUUUUUUUUUACUGUAAAGUCUUUGUACUGCAUUUUUUUCACCAGUUCAUAUACGUUUUUAAUUGUAUGUCCGGUAUCAGCAAGCAGACAUCAUAAAGAUUCCCCCCUCCUCAUCAUCCACAUGUACGUAUCUAUUUAGCCCUUUGCUGCUGCUAAUACUUAUAAAAAGGUAACAUAUUUUUUAUGUAAGAGUUAAAAGUAAGCAUUCCCAUUUCUUAACGCCACAUAUGCAGUAUGAAAAGCUCGGCCUACUCAUGUUCCCCCUUCGUCUUUUUCAACCCUUCCAUCCUCUCGCACGACACUGACUAUAUUGUAAAGUAAAGGACUUUAUGAGAUUAUGUUUGAAGAUAGCUAUGCUUAUAUACUACAGUGACUGAAUGUACAGUGUAUAGAUGCAUUACCAGAAAUAAAGUUGUUUGUCCAGAU